AUGGGCAAUCGGCUAGGUGGAUUGCAGCGAAAACGUGAAAAACCGGAGCAUGCUGCAAUGAAAGUGUCGAUGAAACGAGUGAAAGGCUUGGAACACGUGAACAAAUUGCCAAACAUACUUCCACGACGCCAUUGCCUCCUUCGUCUCCUGAAGCACAAUCGUGUACACGACUAUCUGCUGCUGGAGAUUGAAUUUAUUAAGCGGCAGAAUUCUUUCAAAUCGUUAGAAAGUCAAAAGAAAGAGGAGCGAAAAGUUGUGCAGCAACUUCGCGGUACGCCAGUAACACUUGCAAAAGUGCACGAGCUGUUCAAUGACGAGCAGCAUGCCGUGGUAGUGGUUGAGGGUUCAAAACGAGAAUGGUUCAUUCCUAUUUUGUCCAUCGUGGAUAAGGAUCUCCUUCAUCUAAAUGCGCUAGUGAUGGUCAAAGCUAGCGGAAUGUUCAAGAAUGUGCCAACAGCCAUUGUCGGCGUUUUACCAGACACAAUAGAUUCAAGUGCUUUGGGACACAAACUUGACAAGCCGCCAAAAGAAACCUUUGAGGAUAUCGGUGGCCUCGAGGGACCCAUCCAGGAAAUGAAGGAAUCUGUAGAACUUCCUCUCACACAUCCGGAGUAUUACGAGGAGAUGGGUAUCACUGCUCCAAAAGGAGUCAUACUCUAUGGCCCACCUGGCACAGGAAAGACCUUACUGGCUAAAGCUGUCGCAAAUUCCACAGCAGCUACAUUCAUUCGAGCGACUGGCGCAGAUUUGGUGCAAAAAAACUCGGGCGAUGGUGCAAAGCUCGUGAGGGAACUCUUCAAAAUGGCCAGGGAUAAUGCACCUUCCAUAGUAUUUCUGGAUGAGAUCGACGCGGUUGGAACGAAACGAUACGAUACAUCGUGUAGAGGUGAACAAGAGGUUCAACGCACAUUAUUAGAACUAUUGAACCAACUCGAUGGUUUCGAAAGCAGAGGAGACGUGAAGGUAAUCUUGGCCACAAAUCGUAUCGACGUCCUCGACUCGGCUCUUUUACGUCCUGGACGAAUUGACAGAAAAAUCGAAUUACCCAAACCAGAUGAUAAAACUCGGCAGAGAAUUUUUACGAUUCACACAUCGGGGAUGAAUUUGGCAAAAGAUGUGACAUUUGACUCUGUGAUGUCCAAGGAAAAAACAAUGUGUGGAGCCGAGAUCAAGGCAGUCUGCACUGAAGCAGGAAUGCUGGCCCUACGAGCUCAAAGAAAAGUCGUGUGCGCUGAUGAUUUCGAAAAAGCUAUCAAGAAUGUGACGUUGAAACUCAAAGGCGGCGCACCGGAAGAAUUCUACGCUUAACCUUACUGACUGACUAAUCUGAUCCAAUAAUAGAAAAUUAAAACAAUAUGUCUACAAAAAAGCUACGCUUAAUGAUAAAGUGAUUAGACAGAA